AGGAAAGGGCUUAUCUCUGAUCAAAUUUCGGGUAACCUAAGGGCACACUUAACUAAUGGGAUCCUAUCGAUGUGCCUCCCCCCUCCGAGCUUGAUCUUUACACGGAGGAAUGUUAAUGUUGCCACAGCCUGUGUGCGUUGUCUCUGGCUGCUCUGAGUCUGGCUUUAUGUUGCUGUAGUUGCUCUGUAACGUCAUGGAGAUGGACGGAUAUGAUUAAAAACCCAAACUUCUGCGGCUGCCCGGACUAUGGAAGUGAUCAGGGUUUACUCUGCACAUGUGUGAGGAGAAGUGUGUGUCCCAUGUUGCAUUAGUGUCUGUGUGAAAUGCUGGCCUGUCUGCCAGGGCCAGGUGACCUCCCCCUCCAGCUUCUCCCCCACACGCAGAUGAACACUGGACUUCAGAAAUGGGACACCACACAAAGGAUGAGAUCCGCUCCGUUUCCGACCCCUGCAGAAUUGGAUGCAUAUGCUAAGAAGGUUGCCAACAACCCUCUCACCAUCAAGAUCUUCCCCAACAGCGUCAAGGUCCCCCAGAGGAACCACGUGCGGCGUACUGUAAACGGGCUGGAUACAACAGGCCAACGCUACAGCCCCUACCCGUCUUCUCAGGCCAGUGCCAAGACAGGCCUCCUUGCCAUCAUCAGGGUGCCCUCAGUCAAAGGCAUCCUCAAAGAUUUUGACGGCAGCCGGGCUCGCUUGCACCCUGAAGUCAUUAUGAAUCCUCCUAACAGACCCUACCAAGUGGCUUCGACCAGCACUUUAAACCACCACCCACCUCUGCAGAAUUUUCCCCGGAUGCAGCAGAACUUACCCCUUCCCCCACAGGAACAGCCUCAGACUUUACAGAUGCCCCUUCCUCAGCAGGGUCACACCCAGAGCCUCAGACACCAUCCUCCCAUGGCCCAGCAUCCUCAGGGCCCACCAAGACUCCAGACUCUGUCUCAGCACCCAACCCUUGUCCACCCACAGGGGCCCCCUACGAUCAUGCUUCAGCAGCAGCACCUCCAGCAGCAACCGCCCCCUGGCCUGCAAGGGGGCAUGAAGCUGCCAGAUGGUGAUGCACCACCUAACGUUACUGUCUCUACCUCAACCAUUCCACUCUCCAUGGCUGCAGGGCUGCACCAAGGCCGCCAGGCCGACCUGAGCUCAAUUGUGCAUCAGAUCAACCAGUUCUGCCAAGCCCGAGCCCACGGUGCAGGAGUCACCUCCAUGUGUGAGGGCCAGAUCGCUAACCCUAGCCCUAUCAGUCGCAACCUGCUUAUCAGCGCCUGCUCCAGGGUGUCAAUGCAUAGCAACCCUGCCACCCCUGGCUACCCUCAAUCUAACUGCAUACUUGGCCCUCAAGAGAAACACCCUACCCAACCCAGUGUGGCUGCCAUGAACCACUUGCCUUCAAACCAUGCUGAUCCCAAGCUGCAGCACCACCUGCAGCACCUGCACCAACAAUCCAAUCAGCUGCAACAACAGCUACAACAUAACGCCCAGCAGCAGAAUAUGCGCUCUUGGAGUCAGCACCAGUUGUCUCAUGUACCCCACAUCCAGAACGGUGGUUCCCACCUCUGCAAGCAGCCCUCCAGGGACCCCGCCUUCAACUUUAAGAGCAUGGGCUACCCUACAGAGGUGUGUGUGGGUCAGCCUUACACACUGAAACCCCCUGUCGACAGGCCAACGCCCUCUCCCCCCGUCAUCCACAAUGGUAUGCCCGGCCCCAUGGCCCACUAUACUAAUGGUCACUACUUCCAGUCCCAUAUUUGGAAUAGCAGCAUCCUCCCCACACCCAACAGUGACAGCUCUGGCUCUCAGGACAUAGCAAUGCCAUUCCACAACGCAGGCCCAGGGGGUUGCACCGCACUGGACUGUGGACCCUCUGGGGCUCCACAUUACAGGCUAGGAACGAGUUCCUCCACCUCCUCCUCCUCUGCCCAGACCAAUCUCAUGCAAACAACAGAUUACUUGGGUGGAGACUUCCAGACGCCCUACUUCCGUGAUCAGAAUCUAGGGUUGAUGGGCAAGAUGCACAGGCCUCCUCUGAGCAGGGUAGGUCCGGAGGUUGGGGAUGGCAGAACCGCUCUCCUCCAGCACCCAGGGUACAGAUAAGCUAUGGCCUUGUCUUCACAAAAGUUAUCAAACCCUUUUGUUUAGUCUUAAGAAAGGAGACACGUUAAUAAAACUCAAUUGAUAACUUAAAUGACUGCUUAUGUUAAAGAGGGUAAAUUAAUAUAUUCAAUGAAGACAAACAGUAGGUUUUUUUUGUUCCUUUUUGGAAGAAUCUUGCAAGUGAUCAAUUGCUACGUUAAUUUUUUUUUUUGAAUGAGUGCUUUUACCUUGCACUUAAGGAAACUCAUGCGUGUGUAUACACGUCUGUACUGUAUGUGUGUGUGUGUCAUUCCCACCUCCUUCCCCUAUUUGUGUGCCUGGAUCUCAACUGAUCCUGUGUUUUUCUUCUUCACAACUAUCGAUUCAGUUUUCUUAUGCAUGUAAGAAAGAUGAAAAACAGAUAGAUCCCCUCCCUGAAAAAACCACGACAUCUACGCUGGAUGCUUUCAGUUUUGAAAACGGUGGACUUUGAGUAGCUUCGGUAGACAAGAUGUUGUUUUUCCUUUGGUGUGAGGCUCAAAUCUUAUUGUAGCUGAAAUAUGAAACAAUCAGUUGAUGACAGAAGAGAGCGUAAGGAUCUUGUUAGAGUGCACACUUACCUAAAGACCAUGCAGACGUGAAAGUACAGAAGGAAAAGCUUGCGAUAGGCUCAUGUAUACAAAGGUUUUAUUCUUUUGAAAUGUAAUUAUUUAUUUGUAUUAUAGGACUCUUCAUGGUUGAUUCCUCACUGUCAGUUAAGGAUGCAUGUGAUCAGGUUGUUUGUACAUAGUAGACGCUCAGCCGCGCUUUGUCCUGCUGAAUCUGCUGCGAUUAAUUCAGGUGUUCUUAAAAGAAAAACAUGUCAAAGCCGGGAAGGUUUGGCAAUGAGAUUGUGAAAUGUUUAGCGCAGAAAAAAGUCAUAAAAGAUGAACUAUUGUACCUUGAAGAUGGCCAAAGUCAGGUAAACAGAGACAAACUGUUCUGAAGAUGUGCCAUUGUUUGUUUGUUUCCUUUUCGGAUCGUUUUUGUAACCAUGCAAACUGUACUACUUGAAUGUUGAGACGAUUUGUUUUGCAGAAAUGGAAGGGGGACUGGUUUGUAAUGAGGAUUAAAAGAAAAGAUCAUAGUGUUAUUCUUGUAGAGAUGAACUACGAGACUCAGCAGAGUUUUGAUCCUGAUGAAGGAACUUAAAGUCAGGGUUGGUAAUUUCCUCCAGAUCCACUUUUUAAGAUUUUGGUGGAAAUUGUCUUUAGGUCCUGA